CUUUGUUAUCAGUUGAAAUUCGUUCGUUUUCACUCCCAGAUCAUUUCGUGCAGUAUUCCAAACAAAAUUCUUAUUUUUCAAAGGUACUUCAACUCAUCCCACCCCUGCCACACCACCCGCUGAGCGAUGUCCUCGAAGACCGGCCUGCUGACUGCGGUACAUCUGGCCAACAUCGGCUCGACGCUGGCCGCAACUCGCAAGUACGCCCUCGGAACCCUGUACGUGCAGUUGCAUCCGAGCUUCAUCGAAGUAGCCCGACCGCCGGCGUUCGGCAAGUUCAUCGCCAGCGUGUACCAAAGUUCACCGACGGUGCUCGGCGCAGGGGUGGACUUGCGAUUUUUGGUGAGUUCACUCAAGGCGCGUGAACUGGUGACACUGAGGGAAAAAAUCGACUACCAUUUCUUUGAUUACCCGCUCGGGUCGAGUGAGGACCGUGGCAAGUUGCAACUGCAAGAUUCGGAGGUGAUCGAACUGGGGACGAAACCGUUCGAGAUCGAUGGUGCAGGGUUGCAAGAUGGCGGUAAAAUGUUUGGGAACGUCGUUCUUGGCGGAACUUUUGACAGAUUGCACGGAGGGCACAAGGUGCUGCUUACGCAGGCAGUGUUGCUAGCGCAGGAACGCAUGGUUGUCGGUGUAACGGAUGAGAACAUGAUCAAAAGCAAGAAACUGUGGGAGUUGAUACUUCCGGUUGAGCAAAGGAUUGCCGAGGUUAGGGAAUUCCUGGAAUGUAUCGACUCCUCGCUGAAGUACGAAGUCGUACCGAUCAGCGACCCGUUUGGACCGACGGCAACCGAUCCCAACAUGGAUAUGAUCGUGGUCAGCACGGAAACGGCCCGUGGUGGUGCCAAAGUGAACGAACUGCGCUCUAAAAACGGACUCAACCAGUUGGAAGUUCACACGAUCGAACUGCUCGAUGACGAAUCAACCGUCGAUGAUAAAGAAGACAAGAUCAGUUCGAGCAACCAGCGAAUGGAUCUGCUUGGAACCCGACUGAAACCACGCCAGCAAAAACCACACCUAAGUCCAAAGCCGUACAUCAUCGGACUGGUUGGCGGUGUGGCGUCCGGAAAAAGCAAGAUGGCGGAGCGAUUCCAGAAGCUCGGUGCCGGCGUGAUCGACUGCGACAAAAUCGCUCACGAGCUGUACGAACCAGGUGAGGAGUGCUAUCAGGCGGUGGUCAACAACUUUGGGCUGGGAAUUCUCAACGAGGACAAAACCAUCAACCGAAAGGCGCUGGGAGCGAUCGUUUUCUCCGACCCGGACAAGCUUGACCUGCUAAACACCAUCCUCUGGGACGCAAUCCUGGAACGGGCCAAACAACGCAUCGCCGAGCUUCACGAACAGCAAAACAAGCAGAUCAUCAUCAUGGAAGCGGCUGUCCUGCUCAAAGCGGGCUGGCAAAGUGCCUGCCACGAGAUUUGGUCCUGCAUAAUUCCGAAAGAGGAAGCGAUUAAACGACUGAAGGAACGUAACGGGUUGAGCGAGGAGGAAGCGAUCAAGCGGAUUGAGUCGCAAGUGGCGAAUGUGGAGCUGGUUCGGCACGCCGAUGUGGUGUUCUGUUCGGCCUGGAGCUACGAGUACUCGCAGCAGCAGGCGGAAAAGGCCUGGGGAACGCUGGUGGAGGAGUUGAAGCUGAAGCUGUAGAAGUUUGUUGGUGGUUGGUAUUUUUUUUUAUCUGGAUGAGUUGUUGAAUAAAAAUAUUGUUUAAAAAUUA